AAUCGGCAAGGCUACGGACUAGACAAUUGCAAGGAUCGGAAGCUGCCCUUCAGGAAGCCUCGACACCCCCUGAGUUAGACAUUCCCAACGUAUAUAUCAGCAGCCGCGCAACAAUGGCAACCGAAAUGCAGACGUUUUAUACCCCUUCCACCUCCACACACAUCUCCUCCCAUGCUCCGGCGGCAGUGGAUGAGCUAAUCAACAAGUACUCCUCCACGAUGUCGACCUCCACCUCCACUGUUAGCCACCUUUCCAUGAAGAAAGCCCACCGAAACGUUCUGCAGCGGAUCACUGACCGCAUUCGCCUGGCGUACUACCGCUAUGAGGUUACUUUCGGGCUGUAUGUCAUGACGCCGGGCGAGAAACUGGUAGCCAAUACUUUUGUGAUUGUUGUGCUGUCCCUGCUGUUCUGGGCCCUGCUCGUCUAUUUCCCUGCGCUUUUGUACCAGAAGGCCAGCCGGCUCAUUUGGCUAUUGACAGGCGAGAAUGGAGAAGAAAUGGGAGCUGCUCUGGGCAUCAUCGAUUCGCACGUCAACUCCAUGUCUGCCGCUUUGAGCUGAAAGUGUAUCGUCUGCGCUUGAGCCGCCCAGGAGAUCAAUUCCUGAUUUUUCGCUUUGUCGCCUAUUUUGUAUAAUUUGCGUCUGCACUGCUAUGUUGGUAUAAGGAUAUCGAGGAUCGACCAGCAUGAUUCUCGAGUGCCACAUUUGCUUCAUACUCGGAGUUCAAACCGGCGUUUUGGGAACUAUAUGAUAAAUACAAUCGGUAGCGACGCGUUUGCGCCCUUCCUACUUUAAUGAUUUGGAACGGAAGACAUCGAGUCUAAUAAUGCGCGCACGCAUGUCAGGGCG